CCAGUUCCCUUUUAAAUGACUGCGGAAAAACAGACUCUUGGAGCCGCAAAUGGGAAGAAGGAUUCUCAACAAGGCUUGCGAAUGCCCCGCAGCCAUCAUUUAACUGCGCCCGCAGAGCAGUUACGGUUUGUCACCCGACCUUUCUGGACCGCCUCAUUUGUCCCUAGUGAGACCCGGAGGCUCAGCCCGCGCCGGGUUUCUCUGUAGCUGAAUGCUUAUCGUGCUUUGGGCAGCGCGGGCGCAGGGCACGCGUUCGCGCACACCCGCGUACACGCGAACACGCGCAAGACUAAUUUUCUGGAGUUUCUGCCCCUGCUCUGCGUCAGCCCUCACGUCACUUCGCCAGCAGUAGCAGAGGCGGCGGCGGCGGCGGCGGCGGCUCCCGGAAUUGGGUUGGAUCAGGAGCCUUGCUGCUCCUUCUCUCGCGCUUUCUGCGCUCAGUGCCUGGCGGCAGGAGGAGCCUGGACCCAGGCGCUGCCGGCGGGUGUGAGGCGCUGGAGGCCGGCCCCGAGGUGCGUACCAGAUCCCCGUGCGCGUCUAGCAAGGAGUCUGCGCCCCAGAGAGUCCCGGGAGCGGCGCGGGCCGGUUCCCGGCGUGCCGGGCCAUGCAGCGGCGGCCACUGUGGAGCUCCGAGCGGCGGUAGCGCCCCCUAUGAAGCGGCCCGCGAUGCCCCGGCCAUUGUGAACUGUGCCACCCGCCCGAAUACGUUCAGCCCUGGACACGCUUAGCUUUGGAUAGCUGGACUCUGCGCGCCCUGGACAAGCACCGAGGAGGCGAGAGGGCAGAGAGCUCAGGGGAGGCCUCCCCGUACGGGAGGGGCUAGCCGGCGGGUGCAGCGCAGGGACACGCACUUGGACUGGCACUGGAGGCUGGGGAUGUCGUCCUGGACGAGGUGGCAUGGACCCGCCAUGGCGCGGUUCUGGGGCUUCUGCUGGCUGAUUGUGGGCUUCUGGAGGGCCGCUCUUGCCUGUCCCACGUCCUGCAAAUGCACUGCCUCUCGGAUUUGGUGCAACGACCCUUCUCCCGGCAUCGUGGCUUUUCCAAGGUUGGAGCCUAACAGUGCAGACCCUGAGAACAUCACCGAAAUUUUUAUUGCAAAUCAGAAAAGGUUAGAAAUAAUCAAUGAAGAUGAUGUUGAAGCUUACGUGGGACUGAAAAACCUGACAAUUGUGGAUUCCGGAUUAAAAUUUGUGGCUUAUAAAGCAUUUCUGAAAAACAGCAACCUGCAGCACAUCAAUUUUACCCGAAAUAAACUGACGAGUUUGUCUAGGAAACAUUUCCGUCACCUUGACUUGUCUGAGCUGAUCCUGGUGGGCAAUCCAUUUACAUGUUCCUGUGACAUUAUGUGGAUCAAGACUCUCCAAGAGACUAAAUCCAGUCCAGAAACUCAGGAUUUGUACUGCCUAAAUGAAAGCAGCAAGAAUAUUCCCCUGGCAAACCUGCAGAUACCCAAUUGUGGGCUGCCAUCCGCAAAUUUGGCUGCACCAAACCUCACUGUGGAGGAAGGAAAGUCUAUCACAUUGUCUUGUAGUGUGACGGGCGAUCCACUUCCUAAUAUGUACUGGGAUGUGGGAAAUCUGGUUUCCAAACAUAUGAAUGAAACAAGCCACACACAGGGCUCCUUAAGGAUAACUAAUAUUUCAUCUGAUGACAGUGGAAAGCAAAUCUCUUGUGUGGCAGAAAAUCUUGUAGGAGAAGAUCAAGAUUCUGUCAACCUCACUGUGCAUUUUGCACCAACUAUCACAUUUCUCGAAUCUCCAACCUCAGACCACCACUGGUGCAUUCCAUUCACUGUGAAAGGCAACCCCAAACCAGCGCUUCAGUGGUUCUAUAACGGGGCAAUAUUGAAUGAGUCCAAAUACAUCUGUACAAAAAUACAUGUUACCAAUCAUACGGAGUACCACGGCUGCCUCCAGCUGGAUAAUCCCACUCACAUGAACAAUGGGGACUACACUUUAAUAGCCAAGAAUGAGUAUGGGAAAGAUGAGAGACAGAUUUCUGCCCACUUCAUGGGCUGGCCUGGAAUUGAUGAUGGUGCAAACCCAAAUUAUCCGGAUGUACUUUAUGAAGAUUGGACUGCAACAAAUGACCUCGGGGAUGCCAUGAACAAAAGUUAUGAAAUCCCCACCACAAUUGUCCCUGGAAAAACCAGUCAGGAGCGUCUCUCGGUCUAUGCUGUGGUGGUAAUUGCAUCCGUGGUGGGAUUUUGUCUGUUGGUGAUGCUGUUUCUGCUUAAAUUGGCAAGACACUCCAAGUUUGGCAUGAAAGGUUUUGUUUUGUUUCAUAAGAUCCCACUGGAUGGGUAGCUGAAAUAAAGAAAAAGACAGAGAAGGGGGCUGUGGUGCUUGUUGGUUGAUGCUGCUCUGUAAGCUGGCCUCUUGGGACAGUGUUGGCUUAUCCCAGGAAGUGUUGCUUACCUGGGGUUCUCUGGUAGAAAUGGGCGGUGCUUGGAGGAUGUACUGUAUGAAGCCUGCUCAUGUUGUGAGCUGUGAUUGGGGAACACCAAGGCAGAGGCAGCUCUCAGGCAGCUAUGCAACAACUCAAGAAAACAACUUAAAUUAAUCCAUCUCUUCUGUCCACACAGUAGUUCAAAAACAAAAUCAAAAUGAAAUUCCACUGGAUUGUACUUCUCUUCUGAAAAGUGUGCUAUUUGACCAUACUGGAAAUGUGUUGAUUUCAAUUGCUUCUGUUUAUUAAAGGUGAACUACAUAUUUUAAAAUAUAUAUAUAUACAUAUAUAUAUAUAAAUUUUAUAUAUAUAUAAAAAGUUAGGGACUGGUAUAAGUGAAGACUAAAAUGUCUAACCUAUAUUUAACACAUAUUUUAGCAUCAUUUGCUGUUUUUCUCUAAUCAGCACUAAAUUCAGUGAGUGACUUUUCCACCCACAACAUAGUGACAACAAGAGUUAAAGGCACAUAUGCCAUCACUCUGGGGACUUUGUGGUGUCAUUAAGAGCUUCUUUUCUUUGCUGGUAAUAAAGAUCCAAACUUUAAGCUUAGGUCUCAGAGUCACACGAUGUUAAUGAUUGCUUUAAAGUUUAUUAACAGGAUGAAAGAAAAGAAAAAGAACAAGAAGAAAAGUGUCAGCUGCUAUCUGGUUAGGGAUAUAGAUUUAGGUUAGGCACAGUCAGUUUCAUAAUAACUAACAGAAUGGAAUAUAUGCAUAUGGUGAAAUUACCACCUCGCCCCUUUCCACUUGCCCUCUGAGAACCACCGCUGUUUGCAUUACAGAACUCCAGCUUUUCUACUCUGAAAAGGCCUGCAAGCAGAAUGGUUGGCCUGCUGUGAGCAGGAGAGGAUAUUCUAAGAAGGACAGUCUCCCUGCUGCACACUGUCCUACUGCUGGGUUUUCAUGGGCAGGAAAGUUUGUCCUGACCCCAGCAGCAAAGAGGUAGCAGGUCGCUAAUGAAUAUGUGCUUUAUCAUAUGCUUCUUCAUUGCUGAGAGGGCAGCUUAGAGCUACAGAUUGCUGUGUCCCUUCUUUGUUCUGAGCCAUGGACACCUGUUUCGUUCACUUGCCACCUCAGUGGCCUUCCUAGGCUCUGUUCUGUCUGCUCCAGGCAGAGUCCUUGUCCUGAAGAGAGGUUUAGCUGUCCCCACUCUCCCCACCUCACUCCUUUCAUUUAGGGGCACUCCAGAGACAGGCCUGGAACAUUUCAUUUGAAAACAUAAUCAGCUCAGACUAUUAGCCAUGCACAUGUAAGCCAUGGCUGAAUUAGAAACACUGACAUUAAAAAAUUUAUUUUAAAUGGAUGCUCAAGUUUUGUAGUUUAGUGUUAAGGAUUUAUGGAUUUUUAACUACUCUGCCAUGUUUGGAAACUUUAUUUUGAAUCCUAUGUAACCAAGACAUUAAUCUUAAUAAACCAGGACCCAUUUAGGCACCAGUUGAUAUAAAAAGAAUAUUCUUGAUGAAUAUUUUAUAUUGUAUCUUUUACAUUAGUCACUAAAUAUGUUAUUGCUCGAUGCCGACAUUUCACCAUGUCCUGUGGAUUACAGCAUUUAUCUUGGCUACUCCAUACGUACUCCUGAAAGAGGGGCAGUUUUUCCAAAGUGAAAACAUGCUGUUCUUUCUCACAGGUUUUCUUUCCAUUUCCAUUUGAGCAUAAAGGCAGCAAGCUCUCAUCAUGGGGAGGUCUGAAAAUUCUCUAAAUUCCCACUUACUUGCUCACAGCUAAAUGACAGUUCCUGCCACUAUGGGGAUUUCCAUCUUUCCCAAAGGUGUUGAUUUACAGAGAGAACAGCUAAUAGCAGAAAUCCUGACCCUUGAAAGAAAAAUGAAAUUCACACUGUGAGCCAGGCAGGGGCUCAGUAUGGCAAAAGGUUCUUAAAUAUCGGUCAUUUGGUCAAAAAAAAAAAAAAAAAAAAAAAGAAGAAGAAUUUUAAGCUUUUAUGUUAUUCCACGGAGCUCUAAAAAGGCAAUGGAUUUUUAAGGACAAUUUUAUUAGUUUCCCAGACCCAAGAGGAAAAAAAGAAUAUUUCUAGUCAACAGCUAGAAGGAUUGCAGGAGAGAUUUGAUUUUUGUUUUAAAAUGGAGAGAAGUGGACAGAUAAGGCAAUUUAAUAUAGCAAAGAUGAGUUUGACAUCUCCUAGGAAAGAAUGAAAACAGCAGGCUAUUAGAAAAUAGUUCUUGUAUUCUUUGGUUUCCUUUUUUUUUUUUUAAAUCCCUAAAGACUACAAUCAGUAACACAGCUUCUCUUUUCUGUACUCUAGGCAACCUUCUUUCAUCCUAUGCUUUUUAUGUCCCCCAUAAGAAAUUUGCUUUUUAGAGCUUCCUAAUGGCACCUAUCAUGUUUUUGCAGGAUUAGAAAAGGAGAGGAGGCACUUUUGCUGAAAUCAGUUCUGUUGCUCUCCAGCAACGAUCUGGCACUUGAGCGUCAGGCAAGUCUCCUAUGUGGUCUGACUGAGCCAAAACCUGCCCACCUGAGUGGCAGCUGUCAUCCAGCCUCCACCAACUGUGCCCCACAGGAAUGAGGGCCCAGUUUUCCAAAUCUUGUGAUCCUUUAAGAGAAAUGCAAUGCAAAACCUGGAUUUUUUUUUAUGCGAAAUGUCCCUAUUUUUAAAAAGUUGGAUGGGUUAUUUUUAAAACAUUAUGUAGGCCAACAAAACAUGCCUGUGGGCUGCCAGUUUGUUACUUUUGUCUUAAAACACAAUCAUUGUUCUCUCGCUGUGUCCUUCUGCCUUUCUUUGCAAAGUUGCUUUUCUUUUUCCUGGCCACUGCUGAGGGCUGCAUUGCAACAAGCUUCCUUACUUGAGUUUAGCAACACAGUGACCCAGAGUAUUUGACUCAGUUGUGACCCUCAGUUCUCUUACUUUGCUGGGAAUUCUCUUACUGCCGUGUCUUCCCAUUCCCUGGUGGGUUCCAUAUCCAUGUGCCCAGAGGCAUCCCAGGAAGUCCUUCCCUCAGUUUUUUCUGAGGUGAAUUUCUUUUCACCAGCAUCCUCCUGUCCCAUUCAGAUGCUACCAGGUUGAGAUGGGAAAGUGCACAACCCAUUUUCAUGGGUAUCCUUAAUGCACUGAUAUGGCCCUUGGUAACUGGAAAUGAGGUGUGUCAUCAUUGAGAGAUGUUGUCCAGGUCCUGUAUCGUGUUGACCCAGCAUUGAUUUGGGUUCCUCUGAGACCCUUUUAGGCAGUUGAGAGAAAUGUCCUUGGCUAUCACACAAGACAUCAACACUAACGGUGAUGACAACCAAAGUCCAAACAGUCCAAGGCCAAGGAAGGGUCAUCUCUCAACAGGAAAAAAUGAACCUGAACAUACAUUAGAGAAAAUUGACUCAGGGGGUUUUCAUUCCCCAUCUCCCAGCAGGGACUGAUUUCAUUUUUGUCCCACCGAGUUUUUUUUCCCAGAAAUAGACAGCAAGGACAUGAACUAAACAAUCUCAGCUCUGCCUGCAGUGUGGAAUGCAGAAGGAGAUUACUGUGGUUUCUGGCUCUUCAGGUAGUCCUGAAGUAGACCCUGUGUGUCUGAGGCUUGAAGCAUCUCCUCCAACAGAGCAGAGGUUUCACCUAUUCAGUAGUUGGCAGAGUAAAUAAAUUAAGAAACACAGGCAGAAUUUAGUUUCAUUCCAGGUGUGAGUUAGAGCAUGGCAGAGGGGCACAUGUGCUCUCUCUUCUUUCUUUUCUCUAUUCCCCUUUCUGUACUCUCUGUUUUUCCCUCUCUCUAAUGGACCCCAUGGCAAACAGCUUUUCCUUAUUUUACCAGGUGCUUUGCAUAAUUAUAGCACAUUCGGCCCCCCUCCCCCAUUGCAAAUGAAAUAAAAGCAUCAGCAGGACCUAUACUAAUUCUUCUCUUGCUCUUUUGGAGAGUGGAUGAUUCACACCUCUACCUUCUCUGGUGUCUGCUAGCUAGAAUCCCUCCCUUGGUUUUGAUCUAAUUCCAUCACACUAUAAUAGAAAUUCGUCUCAUUUUGUUUUGACUAGAUUCUAAAUUCAGAGGGAGAGCUGUACUGAAGAGACACCAUUCCGUAUGGCAUGGGAUCUCACGGGGUUGCUGUUUCUAGCCAUGGAGGCUGUGCCAGGUGCAUGUAGUCAUGUAUGUGGAGCCUCCUGGGGUACCACUCAACAGAUUUUGACUCCAAGGAAACAUGUAUAGAAGUAGCUGUUAGGUGCACUCUGCUAUGUUUACAUACCCAUAGUACUUGCAAACCACAUCAAGUUUGUCUAAGGGCUCCCAAGAAGGUUAAGGACUCUCCUGAAGUCAGUUGACUCUGGGGUGCUACCAGAUCAAAUUAGGUUGACAGAAUUCCUAGCUCAGAAAGUUACAUGCAAAAGGCUGAGACAGAAGGCAGCUUCCCAUUGAGAAUAACCUAUUCUCUGUUUUGGUCUUAAGGGACAAAGGAAACCUGUCAGUCACCUGAAUUUGACAGUGAGGGCACUCUGAGUUUUGUUCAGGCUCCUGUUACAGAACAGCCUUGGCAUAGUCAUUAGUGAGCUUCCAGAAUAUGUUGAUUUGUUCCCAAUCCCCAUCCUACAAACCACUAGCUAUGUUUAGAGUCUUAGUUUUCAUGGAAAAUAUUUGAGAUGCAAUGAAAAGAACCAGGAUUUUUUUAACACCUUUAUUUUAAGACAAUACAUUUACAAAUUGAGCAUAUACAAAUAUAAAGUAGAAGAGACCCCCUACAAAGACAUAUCCUUGAGUUUUACCCAUUUCAUGUUCAAAUCCAUUUGCUGUAAUCCAGAGGCAGCCUGUGACUCAUUCUCAUGUCUUGUUUCAUUUUGUUUUGUUUUUUCCCCUAUAAGGUUUUCAAUCAUGUUUUUCACAUUUUCUGUAAAUAAUGGAUAAUCAUUUUUUAAUUUUAUUUUUAAGUGCUGUUUUAACAAUGUGGAUAGACUAUAAAUGUACUUGCUGAAUUCAUUCAUUUUUUAACAAGCCAAUAAAGUUUUAUAAUUCAUCUC